AUUUGAACAAACCGAGAGGCGGUCGUCAGAGUGCACGGACAACAACACACCCUAAAGGUGAAGAGAUUUAGAGGUUUUUCCGCUACGAAGUGUAUUUACAGCCGGUUCGUUUUAUCGCGACAGUUUGUGAAUGCCAGUAACGGAGCAGCGAGAGCGUUAUUUUCCCUCUCGAAAACGCCGACAAGGUGGAAAUUACUAAAGGGUCUCCUGGGAGCCUGUGCCUCUGAGUUUACUGGCUUCAACAAGGAAUCAUCAUUCCUUAGUUGGUCCUAUCCAGACUGAAUGGAGUUCUCUUCUUGAAUGGUUGCAAUGCAGACUGCUUUUUAGAGACUUCAGCUGUGAAAGCUUACCAUCAACACACUUCUGUUCAUCAAGCCUCAUCAAGCACCAAAUGUUUCCCUGAGACUCUCGUCACUUCACUCAGUGGGCAUUAUGUUGACCCUGAUCUAAACCCAUCAGCAACCCAUCCCUGCCUUCCCCUCCCAUCUCCCCUCCCCACUCCCUUUCCCACCUCCAUCAUGACCAGUCUGAAGCGUUCUCAGACAGAGCGCUCGGUCGGGGGCUCGGUGCCGGCCUCUGAUGAGUUCUACACCCGCCGCCUGAGACUGCCCAAUGGAGGGGCCCCGCCCCCCCGCAGUGAGAGCGCCCACAUCUCCUCUUCCUCCACCACCGGCACCAACCCCGGCGUACCCAAAAUGGGGGUUCGGGCUCGUGUUGCUGAUUGGCCACCAAGGAAAGACGAAAGAGGGGGCGGUGUUUGGCAUAUAACCGUGGAAACAGACUCGCCCAGCUCCACCAACACCACAAGCUCCUCAGGAUCAGGAAGUGGAGAUAGAGAAAGACUUGUAGGAGGAGGGGGUGAAAGAGGAAGUGGAGGGGGAGGAAGUGGAAGUGGUGGUGGGGGAGGAGGAGGAGGAGGAAGUGGUGGUAGUGGGAGCGGUAGUGGUAGUGGCAGUGGCAGUGGAGAAAGAGGGGGAUCCGCCGUCACAGCCCACAGCAAUCUGUCGGCCAAGCUGGGCCACCUCAUAAGCCCGCAGGACUCCUCCAUGCUGCGCAACAUCCACAACACGUUGAAGAACAAGAUGCACAGCAAGGGGAAGGACAACCGCUUCCUGUCACCGGAUGGAUACCUGGGGUCACCUCGCAAAGGCAUGAGGCGAAUCCGCCAGCGCAGUAACAGCGAUAUCACCAUCAGCGAGCUGGAUGUGGAUGGCAACGAGGGCUGGUCCUUCUCCGGGUGGACACCCAUGCACCGGGAGUAUGGCAGCACUUCGUCCAUAGAUAAGCACGGGGUGUCAGGAGAGAGCUUCUUUGAUAUGCUGAAGGGAUACCAGUCCUCAGAGGCCCCUGAUCAGAGAAGCCCAGCCCCAGAGAAGCUAUCAGAGCUGCUCACCGUGGCCCCAACGAAACAGGCUGUCCUGGACCUGCCAGAUGGUCCUUUGGGUCCAGCAAGAGGUAGCCCUGCCAGUCGGCUGAAGGAACGAGAGAAGCACUUAAAGAGGAGGUCAAAAUCGGAGACAGGGGGAGAAUCAAUAUUCCGUAAAUUGCGCAGCGUGAAGGUGGAGGGGGACUCGUCCCGGGCUGGAUCGGAUGCCGAAGAUGGGGGAAAAGCAGAUGAGAGCCCACCUCCCAAACCUUGGGCGUGCCAAAAAGGCUUCGCCCAUUUUGAUAUCCAGUCUUUACUCUUUGACCUCAAUGAGGCAAUCCACAGCAGGCAGUCUGGGUCCAAACGUAAGAACACUACUACAGGUGCCUCGGCCGCCGCUGCUGCCUCUGCUUCGGCAACCUCCUCCCUCUCCUCCAAUCAGAGUGGAAUAUAUGGUUCACCAUGUGGUUCACAAGAGGAGCUGAGCAAGGAGGGGGCCGGAGGACACGGCACCAACCCUGCCUUGGACCCCGGUGACGACAAGAGCAAUGACCUGGUGCUCAGCUGCCCCUGUUUCAGGAAUGAGAUUGGUGGAGAGGGAGAGAGGAACAUCUCUUCUGCUAAACAGCCGGGCAGCAUAGGUAGUGGUGGAACAUCAAGCAAUUCUUCAGGCAGUACGGAGGAAGGACCCUUGGAAGCCACCCUCACUACUCACUUCACCAACGCCGGUGUGGCUGUGUUGGAGGCGGGCAAGGACGGGCCAGGCCAACAUGCUGACCGGUCCAAACGUUACAUCGUGGAACAUGUUGACCUCGGCACUUAUUACUACAGAAAGUACUUCUACCUCAGAGAACACUGGAACUAUCUGGGGGUGGAUGAGAACCUGGGCCCGGUCGCAGUGAGUCUGAGGAGGGAGAAGUUGGACGAACACAAGGACCACGGCCAGCAAUACAAUUACAGGGUCAUUUUCAGAAUGAGUGAGCUGAACACCCUGAGGGGCUCCAUCCUGGAAGACGCAGUACCCUCCACGUCCAAACACGGCCUGGGUCGUGGCCUGCCCCUCAAAGAGGUGCUGGAGUACCUGGUGCCCGAGCUCAACGUCCACUGCCUGCGCCUCGCUCUCAACACGCCCAAGGUCACGGAGCAGCUGAUGAAGCUGGACGAGCAGGGGUUGAGCUUCCAGCGGAAAGUGGGGGUGAUGUACUGCAUGGCCGGCCAGAGCAGCGAGGAGGAAAUGUACAACAAUGAGUCAGCCGGUCCUGCGCUGGAGGAGUUCCUUCAUCUGCUGGGGGAGAGGGUCCGGCUGAAAGGCUUCACCAAGUACCGUGCCCAGCUGGAUGCCAAGACUGACUCGACGGGCACACACUCCAUGUACACCACCUACAAGGACUACGAGAUCAUGUUCCACGUGUCCACCAUGCUGCCCUACACACCCAACAACAAGCAACAGUUACUUCGGAAGCGGCAUAUUGGGAACGAUAUCGUCACGAUCGUUUUCCAGGAACCCGGGGCGCUCCCCUUCACCCCCAAAAACAUUCGCUCACACUUCCAGCACGUCUUUGUGGUUGUGCGUGCUCACAACCCAUGUUCUGAAAACAGCUCCUACAGCGUGGCCGUCACUCGUUCCAAAGACGUGCCCUCAUUCGGUCCUCCCAUCCCAGAAGACGUGACUUUUCCCAAAUCCUCCGUGUUCCGGGACUUCCUGCUGGCCAAGGUCAUCAAUGCAGAAAAUGCCGCCCACAAGUCGCACAAGUUCCGCGCCAUGGCCACCCGAACCCGGCAGGAGUACCUGCGCGACAUGGCCGAGCGCCACACCACCAGCACUCCCAUCGACCCUUCCGGAAAGUUCCCUUUUAUCUCUCUGGCGCACAAGAAGAAGGAGAAGAGCCGGCCGUAUGGAGGUGCAGAGCUGCGCAGCCUGGGGGCCAUCACCUGGCUCGUCCACGUCGAGGACCAUGGGACCGGAGGGGAGCUGGAGGCCCUCUUGGCAAUCUCCAAUGACUUUCUCAUACUGUUGGACCAGGGGGCCAAGGCCGUGGUAUUUAACUGCGCCACAAAGGACGUGAUCGGCUGGACGGCGAGCAGCCCUGCGUCCUUACGGAUAUUCUACGAGCGCGGAGAAAGUGUGUCUCUGAGGAGCAUCAGUAACAACACUGAGGAUUUCAAAGAGGUGGUCAAACGUCUCGAGUACCUGACCAAAGGCUGUGAGACAUCAGAGAUGACGCUUCGUCGAAAUGGCCUGGGGCAGCUCGGUUUCCACGUGAACUAUGAGGGCAUCGUGGCUGAGGUGGAGCCGUACGGAUACGCCUGGCAGGCAGGUCUGCGGCAGGGAAGCCGAUUGGUGGAAAUCUGCAAAGUUGCUGUAGCGACGCUGACCCACGAGCAGAUGAUUGACCUCCUGCGGACCUCGGUAGCAGUGCGUGUCGUCAUCAUCCCGCCUCAUGAUGACGCCACUCCCCGCAGGGGCUGUUCGGAGCUCUAUCGGAUGCCCGCGUCAGAUUACAAGAGCAGCAGCAGUGACAGCGGCUCCUUCGAGUACAAGUUCCCGUUCCGCAGCAACAACAACAAGUGGCAGCGGACGUCCAGCAGCCCCCAGCAGUCUCUGAGCGCCUCGCCGCAGCCGCACACCCCCAACCGCGCCAUCAGCCUGGGCAGCUCGGUGGGGAAGACCCUGUCUGCGGAGAGGCUGGAGCGGGGCGCCGUCAUCCCACGCAGUGUGAGCAGUGACGGCCGGCCCCUAGACACCAAGAGGAUGUCUCCGGGCUGUGAGAGUUACAGCCUGGCGUCCUCCAUGGCGUUGGGUCGCUCCCCGCACAAUCGCAGCUCUCCCAGCAACCUGUCCUGUUCCAGCGACGCCUCCGGAAGCUCCGCUCACUGGAGGCAGAAGUCCAUGCCCGAGCAGUUUGCAGGCAGCCGCCACUCUCCGAUGUCCGGGGAGAGACGAGAGGUAGUGGGAGAGGGCGGCGGGUCCAGUGGGAAGUCCACUCCUAAUUGGUCGAGGAUGGAGGAAGGGGGAGGAGCUGAACGAACUUCAACAGAGUCUCCGGUCUCCAAGUCCGGUCAGGGCUAUUCCGGAGCUCCACGCAUCCAGAGGCAGGAGCAGGUCAUCCACCUGUCCCCGAAGAAGGGCAGCCAGUCGGACGGCCCUUACUCCGGGCACUCCAGCAGUAACACUCUCUCCAGUACAGCCUCCAGCGGGGGCCACAGCGACAGCGACAAAUGGUACGAAAUGGGAGGGACCGGAGUUCCCACCAAUGAGCAGGGGGAGCCGGAGCCCAACGGCCUGGGAGGCGGUGGCUACCUGCAGGGCGCAUCAGCAGACAGCGGCAUCGACACCAGCUCUUUUGGAGCCUCUCACCACACACAUCCCCACUCCCAUCACGGAAGCACCACCUCCCUGCUGACCCCCAGCGGAGGCAGGGAGAGCAGGGAGAGCAGGGAGAGCAGGGAGCGCACAGUGUCUCCGUGGCACAGCCCCACCGAGGGGGGCCGCAGGAUGCUGGAGAGGUCUCCGGCUGCAGCAGAGUCCCCGGGCCCUCCAGGGGAAAGGAGCCUGGAGGGGACAGGCAGAAGCCCCCCCACUCACCUUCUGGUUAGAGACAGCAGCACCUACAGCCUGAGCGAAGCCGGGUCACACUCCAGUUCCCGCCACUCAGGCCACAGCUCCCCGAGAGACGAGUCAUCCUCUUCAACAACCUCUCCUUCAUCCCAGUCCUCCUCGUCCCCGGGGCCCAAGAGCUUCUAUCCCCGGCAGGGAGCCCAGUCCAAGUACCUGAUCGGCUGGAGGAAACCCGGGUCCACCAUCAACUCUGUCGACUUUGGAGACACACGCAAGAAGUCUCCAGGAGAGGGGGGAGUGGAGGUUGUUCCCGUCCCAGCAGCCAGGCCCUCUCUGCGGGAUAUGCACUCGCCCCAGCCUCAUGCCAAAUCCACUAUGGAGGAAGACAUAAAGAGACACAAUUCCCCUGACAGCCCCCCAGCCCCACGCAGACACAAGGAAAAGCACGGGCAGAAACCCCAGCAGAUCCAGCCUCUCAGCCACCGUCGCUCCCUGCACCGUACCCUGUCAGACGAGAGCAUCUAUCGCGGCCAGCGCCUGCCCCCCCUGUUGGACUCGAUGCCCGAACCGACGCUCGGAGCAGACGUCCUCUUCAGCUGCUCCACCCUCCCGCGCUCACCCACCACCCGCGGUGUUCCCCUCCGACGGCCCUCCUAUAAGCUGGGGGUCAAACUCCACGGUGACCUUUCAGCAUCUGACACAUCAUUGGUGGAUUUAGUGGAGCGUCACCGUGGCCCCCUCCCUCAGGAGCUGAUGCCCCUCCCCUCUCAGGACAGGGACAGCCCCCUGGAGUGGACACACCUGGUGGACGUGGCCAGUACGUUUGAGAGUACAGACAGAAACCCCCACUACGUCCAGAGAAGUUAUGUGUUUGGAGACUCAAACAACCGGAGCAGCGGGGCCUCCAGCCCCCAACAGUCCCACAUAGAGCUGCAGCCGGCUCCUCUGUCCCGGCCCUCGUCCAGUGAGGGUCACAUAGGGCUGGAGAGGAAGGUGACCAAGCUGGAGGCCAUGGUGAAGAUGCUGCAGGAGGACCUGAAGAAGGAGCGUGAGGAAAAGCUGAGACUCCAGGGUCAGAUCAAGAGGCUGUGGGAGGACAACCAGAGGCUGCAGGAGGAGUCGCAGACAUCCGCCACCAAGCUGAAGAAGUUCACAGAGUGGGUCUUCAAUACCAUCGACAUGAACUGACCCCGCCCUGCACACUUUGACUCUCGCACGCACGCAAACAAAUGCAUACAUCCACAUAGAGACGCAGAGGGGGGGGGGCGGGGGCUGUGCACACGAACCUGGACGUGAUCUUUCUUUGGCUUCAAACAUCAUCGGCCUCCCUCUCCACACUUCUCAGGAUGAGACUCGAGAAUAAGUAAAUAUGAAGGACUGUCCAUUGUCUCCGACGGGACCAGAGAAUAUGCUGUGCCAAAAUCAUUUUAUAAAAAUGCCAACAAACGGGAAGCUCCUUUUCCUCCUUCUCCUUCUGAAGAGGUCAGCCUUACCUCCUCCUGAUGUGGACUCCCCCCGACAUGCUUUCUCACUGGAUGUGCUUCUCUUUUUAGAGGCAGUACCUAGCCGCAGUAGAAAUCUGGCUUUUUAAUCUUUUUUCGAAUCCUUUCUCCAGCCCUCUUCUCUGAGAGGUGAUGAGAGGGUUGCAGAGACAUCCAUGUGACUUAAGAGAAAGACGUCUCUGCCACGGAGAGUCCGACAGGUACGCAACAAAUCUGCCAGCUGGAGUUUGCUGUAACACCUGUAAUGAAUCCGAAGCCUCAAGACAGGACAUAGGAGAGUGUUUUAUUUCCUUCACAUGUAAGUGAAGUUUCAAUAAGUCUCCUCUCCUUGAAGCUUCUGACCACCGAAGGGUCAUCGUGGAAGCAGGUCGCCCCUGAACGCGAGGGAAACAUGGAUUUGUACAGCAUUUUUCAUUUCUCUUUUACCCUCAGAUCUGGAUUACUGCAUCCUGUCUGUCUCUACAGCACAAUCUCACACCUGAAGGAGGAGUAUAUUUAUAAGCCAUCGGCAAGUGGUGCCAUUAAACAUGACUGAAAUCCAGAGUGCUUUGGUCCAUCCAAAUUGUAUGUGUCUUUUAAAAGCAAUAGGAAGAAGUCAGGACUCCUCUCAUAAAAAAUAAGGGAGAUUUUGCUCGAUGUGGGAAAAUAUAUUUUAAAGGUUAAAGACUCUGCUGCACAAGAGCCUCCAUCUUCUCCCUUAAAGACAUCCUGCUUUAGGAAAAAGGACAGGGGGGAGCGUCCCACCUGGAAUACAGAGAGCCAGUAAUGACAGAGACAUUUUUUUGGGAGGGAAAAGUAAGAGUGGACUUUUUUCCCCCUAUGUUAAUUUAUUUCAUUGUAUUAUAAUUCCAAUAAAUAAGUUGUUCUAUUCGUCAAAGUACAACAGACAACAGUGUUUAGUUCCUCAAGAAAAACGGUCACUAGCUAUAUUAUUUAAAUGGCUUUCUUUCUCUGAUUAUAUGCUUUUUAUUCUGUGUUAUGUUGUGUUUCGUGGUGCCCGAGCCUGCUGUCGUGUUGCUUACAGUGCCCUCUAGUGAUGACCAGUGGAAAUGUCAUGAUUAUUAAAUGUGCCGCCAGUCACUCUGUAGUUUUCCCACGCCUCUCCAACAAUCAGACACCGGGAGGCCACACACACGCAGAACAGGAAGAAAAACGCCAGCUUUGACAGACAAUCAAAGGUGGAUUUUUUUUUUAGAUAAAAGAGGGCAAACAUUAGGUGUGUGUGUGUAGGUGUGUUUUACUUUUUAACAUCUAUAGUUUUCCUCAGGUUCAGUAUUUGUAGGGAAAGUAAAUUAACAAAAAAGUGUGUCUAUGGUGAGGUUACAAAGCCCCCUGAUGAAACGGAGCUGCUGGACCAGUGGCAGUGUGUGUGUGUCGUUGUGUGAAUGUACAUCAGUCCAUCCAGCCGUGCCUACACUCACUUAUUUUGGUCAUUUUCUCAGAGCGGGGGACGUGCCUUUGAAACAGCACCUGGGGAACAGAUGAAAGGGAAAAGCUUUUCAUCCUGAAAAAUAAACACAGUAUUUGUUUUAAUCAGCUUCAUACUCACAGUUGUAGACCUCAUAAAUGUCUGAGGCUUUCUCUUCUCUUCUUAUGAAUAUUUCUACCGAACACAAUCAGGUGGGCCAGCCUCCAGACGCAGGGACGAGUGUGUGUGAAGUGUAUGGAAAUGUGACGGUGUGUGUGUGCCUUUGCAUUCAGCUACAUGCAGUAUAUCUUUCAGGGCAGCUGGCCCUGUAAUAAGAGUGUAUUGAAAGAAAUGUUAAACCCUAAAUCACAAAGCCACUUACACCCCGAGCCACAGAGCUGUUUUCCUGCCUGCUGUGGUAACUCGAGCAUCCAUGUUGGAAAUGCUGAUCACAAACGUGGUGUAAAGGCCUUAAAUCCUUCCCUGUCCUUUGCUAUCAAACAUUUGGAUCUCUUAAAGUAAAUUUGUGUCUUAAAUCGAUGCAAUUAAACCCAGAACGGCGCCCGGUCUGAAUGUAAAGAGAACAUAAACGAGCCUAAAGAAAUGUGAUGUUUACAUUCAGCUCUGCACAUUAGCAGGGAUGUGAGUUACAAAAAGACGGUUCUGUUUUAGGAAUCUCAUCUAAAUCUGUGUGGAUUACAUAAAAACGUCCCAAUAGUUUUGCUUGGUGAUAUUAUUUGGUUGUUUUAACAGGUUAACAAGUCGGCCAGUUGUGAAAAGCAGUCUAGUAGUCAUCCAAUAAUGUGAAAUCCUUAAAAAUAUACACAAAAUAUAACACGAGAUAUAUAUAUAUAGGUGGAAGUUCUGAAUUGCUCAGAACUGCAGUUUGCUUAAAUCUUGACUCAUAGGUAAUGUUUGGUAUUUUAUUGUACAUGGAAAGUGCUCUAGUUUUUUGUAUCUUAAAUGAAGUAUGGCCACAUGACGAACUGUGCAGUGCAGAUGUUUUGCUCGCAUCUUUAAAAGUGUGCAUCGAGUCGGAUGUUAUACAUUUGUCCACCUUAUACAAAGACAUAAACAGUUACUCCAGCUGCAUAUUUUGUUCUGUUCGCUUUGUUUUCGGUGCUUUUCAGAGGGAAAUGUGAAUGUUCAAAUGUUCCAUUUUGUAAUUUGUUUUUAAGAAUCUUUGCACAGUGUUUUAUAAAAAAGGGUGGUGAAGACGAGAAGGGUGAAUCUAUCCAUUCCUGUGCCGUCGUGUCUUGGUGUUGCUCCGUAGUUUUCCUGCCAGCUGACAAGCAGAGGAAGAUGCUUGACUUUAUUCACUCCAGAAAAAAUGUGUGCCCUUCUCUUCUUCGAGCGUCACUGAUCAGACAAGAGCCGGCUGGAUGUUGUUUACUCUGUAGGGAUGCUGAUUUUCUGCCUGAGAGCUCGGCGAUUGCAGGAAGGUUUCCCAAAGCUGAUUCGUGUUGUUGGGAGAACAAACUAACCCGUAAAGCGGUCGGCUCUGAACAACCUUCAAGAGGACCAAACGUUUGAUAGAAUUAGAAGUACUGUUUACAUCCCGGAUCCAUUGUCUUUGUAAAAUGUAAAGGUAUGAAAAAGACAUUUGCAGUGAUCACAGUAUUAAAGUUUCUGAAAUAAAUAAAUGCCGUAUCAAUUUG